UUUCUCGUGUCCUGUGCUGUAGAGGUGAGAAUCCUGGAGGAAGGAUAUCGGGAUGUGGGCUUCCCCCGCCUCCUUCGAUAUGUCCUCAGCCACGAAUCUCCCCAUGAGCUGCGGGUGAAACCAGGGACCUUGAACACGAGCCCCCAACCAACCUCCCUCGUGUUUGGGGAAAAACCCAUCCUCAUCACUCCUCCUCUCCAGACACAUUACCAUGGCGGAUUCAAGUGUAUCAGUGGUCGUGGACGAGAAUGCAUCGCUGUCACCGCUGCCACCUACCUUCAUUCCCACCCACAUGGGAAUGUCGUGGUGCUAAUCUCGGAUGAAAAGGUCGAGGAGAUCUUCAAGGAAACUAUCAGACUCAUGAAAGCUGUAAUCCCUCGGAUCCAUCAUCCAAAAUAUUACCGAGGGUGCGAGAGUCAUGAGGUGAUGUGCGUGGGGGUUGAGGACUCUUGGAUGGUGGAGGCGAUCUCUCGGGCAAUCCGAACCCUCAUUAUCGUCGAUGGAGGGACUCACUCCGAGGUAAAAAGCCGAAUGGGACUCUGGAUUGAGAUGAAGAGAAGAUGCCUCCUCCAACAUCAUGUCUCUGACUCCCUCUCUCCAGAUGACUGGAAGGCAUUGAAUCAAAAAAAAAAGUGUGGGGUUUUCGCCCUGGGGAAAGCUCGAGACGGACGAAAUGGAAUGUGGGAAGUGUAUCCAUUGCAAAACCAUCUUUCCCCUUCUCUCUGGAUCCGUAAUAACCAUGAUGUCGUCGAUUUGUUCCUCGCCUACGCUGACAGACUCAUCCACGGCCGGGAAAGGGAAGUACGGAUUCUCUAUCUGGAGAAGGAUCCCAGUGAAACACCUGACAGCUGGAAUGAGGUAAUCCCCAUCCGCGACCCAUUCCUUGUCCAGAGGACCACAGGGGUUAUUUGCGAAGAUAAUCUCUUCCUCAUGGGAGGAAAGAGAAAUCCUCAGGAAGUACUCCGACUGGAUCUGAAUACGGAAAAAUGGAUACCCCUCUCUUCAAUGAAGAUAGGAAGACAGGGCGCUGCUUCAGUGAUGUGGAAUCACCACACUAUCAUGGUUUUGGGGGGUGAGGAGCCCAGUUCACGGAAGCUACUCUCCAGCUGUGAAUAUUUGGACACGAGGGAGAAAUCCCCUAAUUGGUUCACUUUCCCCCAUGAAAUCAACUAUCCAGUUGAUAAUCACGCAGUCGCUCUCUGUAGUGACCAUAUUUAUAUCUCUGGUGGAUGGGAUGGGACGGAAACAAUGGGGAAGGUGUUCAAGUGCGGGGUGAAUGGGCCUUGGGUCCCACUCCCGUCUUUAAACGUCAAGAGGCGCUUACAUGGGAUGAUGGGAGACGGCGAUGGGGGGCUGCUUGUCAUAGGCGGGCGAUCGAAAAAAAAAAUCGAGGUACUUGAGACAGAGAGAUAUUCUCUAGAUAGAGGAGAACGAUGGGAGAAGCAAGACAUCACUUCAAUGGAAGCUGACCAUGCAGCCAGCCAUUUGGGGAAAGCUCAAGGGAUUGUGACAGUAGUCAGAAGCAUCCCCUAUCAUUCAAGGAGAGGAGUUGUUCUCCUACCUCCUGAUCUCCUUCUCCACUUUGGUGUGUCUCCUUCUGAUGUCCUCAGAGGGUCCAGAGAGAAGCCUCUUCGUGAUGCCAUCUUUGAAGUUGCAAGUGCUGCUUAUCAGCAGUUGGAAAAGUUUCAUGCCUUGCUUGAGCGGUCACCCAAAAUGGCACGAAUUGCCUUCCUACCUGCAGUCCAUGUGAAAGAUUAUUUGGAAAGGCUCAGGAAGGUUGACUUUGAUGUCUUCCAUCCAGCUCUACAAAGGAGAAAUAACCUUCUCCCACUUGUCCUAUGGUGGAAACGAAGAAUUUUGAAAUUCUGA